AGCUCGACGUCGCGCUUAAUUAAAAAUCCGAGAAACUUUCUGUAAUUAAAAAACAGUUAUAUAGAAACUCGUAAAGAAAAAGAGAUAGGCGAUUUUUGAGAUUAAUAUUUGAAUGGAAUCCUAACGCAAAGAUUUUACGACUAUAUAUUUCUUAUAAAUUGAAAAGAGCUGCUAAGAUAGGUUAAUAUUCCAAAGUAAUACAAAAGUAACAGCAUGAAUGCUGGCGAAAAAGCAAAAGGAGCUGAAGAGCAAUUGACCGAAGAGAAAUAUAUCGAGGCUGAAAUUAAGCUGGAAACCACGCGGCUUGGUCACCAAGAAUUGGUAAAGUUGACUAAGACGACCAUAAACAAUCUCGUUGAGCGCGAGCCACUGCUCUUUGGUUUGCCCUCUGAUGUUACGAUAGAAGAGCUCAAAUCGCAGAUCGCGGUUGCGCAGGGACAGGCGAUUACUUUGUUCUUGAACCGUGGGGAACUGCCAAAGCUCGCAGUAGUGGUACCUCCACAUGACACAACUGUGCUCGAUCUGAAAAAGGCCAUCAAGCGGCACAUGAGCUUAUCUUUGAAGAGGGAGAACGUUAGAAAGAAGAUAAGUUGGAAGCGCAUCUGGAAGAAAUAUCAUCUCUGCUUUGAAGAUAUUAGACUUUCUAAUGACAAUGAAAACAUCAAAGCUUAUGGUAUUGCCAAUAAGGUGGAAUUACAUUUCACAAAAAGACGCAGAGAAAAGAAUAAAUUGAAAAGUUAGCACGAAUGUUCUGUAUAAAUUAUAAUUCACACUGUAACUAGUAUUUCAUUCAACGCUCUGUACACAUGUUGCUUUUCGAUACUUUCCAUGUACACUGUGGAUCAGAACACCUCUGAGAUAAUUUUUAUUUCUAAAAGUAUAAAAAAAAUUCUUCAAUGACUGGAAUGAUGUACUUUAAUAUCUUUAAAAAAUAUUUGUAUAGUUUAUUCACAAAAAAUUGUAUAUAUACCAACUCACAAAAAAUUGUAUAUAUACCAACUCACAAAAAAUUGUAUAUAUACCAAAAUUGUUUAUAUAGCCUUUUUUUAGAGACAAAUUUACAGAACAAAAUUGUUGAAUUGUGUGUAUAGUGUGUCUGAUGAUCAAGAUUGCAUAAAUAAUAAUUAAAUAGUAUGUAAAUAAAUCUUGAUACCUUAUACAA